GCAGUGAAGAAGAAUACGAGGAAGUUUUAUACUCGUAUACUUUGUAUCGCUGUGCUGCACUUAAAAAUUUCAAACGAUUAAAAAGAUGACAUAACUAAAAGAAGAAGAGGAAUAUAAACACACAUUAGGAUUGUUUGCGAUGAGACCGAGGUCGAAAGGGGGAGAGACAAUGGAGAAGGGGGGACAAGUCGCCUACUGACCAUUGGGACUCGCUGAGACAGUGGAGCGAGGAGAACGAUGGCGCUGGACCAUGAGGGGCAGCAUCACCGCGCCCGCAUGAAACUGGAUUGGCCGGGGCCCCGGGUAUGGGGGCGGUCUGGGCCGGCGUGACAUGGAAAAUAUAAGCCUGUGUGAGUGGCGGCUGAUUAGCCAGAGGCUCGGGACGUAGAGUAGUGGCGAGAGUGUCCCGAUAGAGAGAAGAGAGGACGGACGUUCUCUCGUUUCGAGGGAGACGUCGGUCGUCGGUUCGGUCCAGUUCUUCCAAGGUCCACCGCGAAUAAUCGGCUGGCGCAUCGCGCGAGUUAACGCCGCUUAAAACUAAUCAAAAUUAAUCAUAACCCAGGCAACAAUUGAUCGCAAUUGCCAAGCGCGCGCUCCAUUACGAGCAAUCGGGCAAUCGGGCGACGCUGAUCCUCUUCCUUUUUUUUUCUACCGGCGGGAAGUGGAAAGAAUCUCGGAAGAGCCUCGAUGAAUAGGCGUGAUCGAUGCCAAGGUGUGAGACGGUGAUCCCGCCGACUCACGGAUUUCAAUUUAAUUUCAAAUCAACCGUGUUGGUCGCUCGACUUUCGAAGAUUUAAAAUUAAUAGAGAAGAUCCAGAAAAGAAACCUUCAUGGAAGACAACAGAAGUGAUUUGUGACAUCCUGCUGUACAUUGGACUAAGUCGAUUAAACUUCGGAAAUUGAAAGUUGAAGUUCUGCAAGCUUAAGUUCAUUGGGAAUUGGAAAAUAAUUUGAAUUUUUAAUAAAUUAAAUAUCAGUGCGAGCUGAAUGCGGAAUGAAAAUAAAGACUGACUAACGCGAAAAAAGAAAGAGCUAAAGGAUAAUUGAUUAUCAAUUCAAUUCAACAUCUUGGAAAAACUUCUCCAGCAUCUUAUCUUCGGAUUGAUAGUGACCAAGAAAAAUAUACUUCAUAGAGGAAACAUUGAAAUUUUACGAAGCGUGCAAAUCUCGGUUUGAUUCUUUGAAGAAAGAAAAACUUUGAAAAAGGUUUCCCGUUUAAGGGAUUUACAGAAGAAAUUAUCGAAGAUGGACGGCGCACCAGCAUGGGACGAUCCGAUUUUCUCGGACUUUGGGACUCGCGGCGGGACCACCGGAGGUCAUAGUAUCCAGGUGAUGCUGAGCUUGCAGACAGGCGGAGGUCAUCAUGGAAGCGGCGAUCUGAUGCCGACCGGCGGUGGUCAGCUUCACAAACUGGAUUCCUCCAAUAGCCCGUCACCGCAUCAUCAGGCCGCAUCGCAGCAUCAGCAUCAUCUGCAGCAACAACAGCAGCAGCAGAAAGAGCUCAAAGAGCUCGAGUUGUCCGGCAUGUAUGCACCAUUGCCACCACAGACUCAGGACGUCACUACUUCAACAUCUACCAGUGUCACGCCGACCUCGACGAGUCUCCAGCAGAGUCUGCAACUCGGUAACGCGCUCAAGAGGAAGCCAGACGAUCCAAUCAACGCACUCGCCCCAGUCAGUAGCGAAGCGCAGCCAGCCAAGAAGGACUCAAAGAAGAAGACUGAUAACAAUAACAUCAAAAAGAAAAAGACAAGAACAACUUUUACGUCCUACCAAUUGGAAGAAUUAGAAAGAGCUUUCGAACGAGCACCUUAUCCGGAUGUUUUUGCGCGCGAUGAACUCGCGCUGAAGCUUGCUCUGUCAGAGACUCGCGUGCAAGUUUGGUUUCAGAAUCGCCGUGCGAAGUGGCGGAAGAAAGAACCACCUCGCAAAACUGCUAGUUUCAUAGCCGCGGGUUCCGCCAGUCCCGGUUUGCCAGGGUCCUUUACGUCGCUCAACAAUACUCUAAAUCCGUUUGCGUCGCCGACGACGGCGACGGCGCCGCCGGACGCCUGGGCGUACUCGUCGGCGUACGAUCUGGGACACUUGAAUUUGCUGAAUCCAUCGAAUUCGUCGUACUCGACCGCAGCGGCUGCGGCCGCGAGCUUCGGCAACAACGGCAGCGUCUCGUAUUCGUCGUACGCGAGCAUGUUGCCGACGCAGCACGACGCCGCGUUGUUCACCACGCCGACUGCCGUCGGCAACACCAUGCGAGUCCAUCAGGACUACAUGAAUCCUGGUGGUGGCAGUAGCCCGCCACCACCUGGUGGGCCUCUCACUCGUGCUGACUAUCAGACCAUGGUGACGACGCACUCGCCGCCCACCCAUCUGGGUAACUCCAUGUCCGAGGACGAGCACGGUGGUUGCCUCGCGGACAAGUACGCGCACGACCAGACCGCGGCCGAUUACGGUCAGCAGCAACAACCACCGCCGCCGCCGAAUGAUCAGAAGCAGGACUACGGCAUACACUCGCCGCAGGCACGCCAGGCCAUGAAGGAUCAGGUCAUGAUCAAAAGCGAGCCCGGCAGCCAGCCGAGCUACGUGCAGCUGCCUCCUUUUCUGAACUGACUCGCGGCCUCCUCCACUCUAGAUCUCUUCUAGGCGACUUUUGCGAUCUGUCCGCGUUUCGUGACGAGCGCGAGGAGUAUUAGGUCUUGGACUUGUUAGGUCGCGCAAUUUCAACCGGGCUUGCACCGGCGCUACAUCAUCGUAGCUUUCGAUGGCAAACAAGCAAAAUUCGAUUAUGAUAUAAGGUUGAGAUAGAAAUAAAUUUUACCGAAAAAAAUUCUAUUUAAAUCGUGCAAUGGGCAUCGAUAAGAUCUUAAACGGUACAGCAUUUUAAUUUUUUUUUUUAUGAAAUAAGGAUAUGGAUAAUAAUAGGUCUGUAUUCUUUUCAGCUAAAGUUCUCGCACGGUACAUCUUUCUUCCUUUUCUCUUCACAUUGGAGAGAAAAAAGGAAAAGUUGAACCGUGUAAGAAGUUCAACUAAAAAUACAGGUCUAAUUUAAAUUUUAAGAAUCUCGAGCUUGAACAUUCGAAUACGUUGAUCACGUGAUCAUGUGAUCACCUUGCGACAGCCGCGAUGUUUCUGUAUUCUGUAUUUGUUACUUGAGUGAUCGCGAGUAACAUUUUACAUGGAAGAGUGACUUUUAUUAAAUUCCAAUUAAUUUAAUUAGCAAUUAACUUAACA